AUGGCGGCGCCCACAGAAGCCCAGAUCGCGCACCUGAAGCUUCUCGAAGAGCUCGACACCCACGCGAUCCAGAAGACGUUCCGCAGCGCGACGUGGAAGCCCAACCAGCGACGCAACAAGAAUCUCAAAGCCAUCCUCGGCGACGCCUCUAAGAGAGAAGCCUCGGCGCUGGCGACCCCGGCAGACCACAGCGGCGCGGUGACGCCCGCGCGCGACGACGGCCUCUCGACCAGCGGCACCUCGACCCCCGCGACCACGGGCAACGGCAGUGGCGGCAGCGCCGCGCCCAACCUGGCACAGGCGUCCAGCAGCCUGUCGAAGCUCGUGCUGGAGAAGAGCCUGAAGCCGGCCGGUGGUCUGCUGGGAACAGGCGGCACCACGCCGGCGGCCACGUACACCAAUAUUGAGUCGGCGCCGUCGCUGGCGCACGCGAAACGAUUUUGCGACGUGACGGGCCUCCCGGCGCCGUACUUUGAUCCCAAGACGAGGAUACGAUACCACAAUAAGGAGGUGUUUGCGCUGAUCCGCUCGCUGCCUCAGAGCACUGCCGAGCUGUACCUCGAGGCUCGAGGCGCCCACACCAUCUUGAAGUGA